CCUAAGCUGAUGCGCCACAUUUCUUGCUCGGGCGACAAGAAAGCGCGAACCGUCGCCCUUGGCCUUGCCAUAGUUUGUAUCAAAUCAAACUCGAACUAAUGCUUAUCUGCUAAAGUUCCUAAACAGCUGUUACGACGUGCGCAAUCAUGCUCGGGCAGACGCUGCGCUCUCGGCAGCGCCCGCUAUGGCGAGCAUCGCUCCUGCGAGGCCUGAAGGGCCAAUCAGAGGCGGCAUCCGGUCGUGCUAGAGGAGAUGAUGCCGCUGCGGCGCCGGAGGUGGCGGGGGUGGUGCGCGUGCGCGAGGGCAACCAGGUAGUGGCCGCCGCGACCGUGACGUUUGGCGCGCGCACAGCCACAGAGGCGUCCGUCGCAGCCGAGUCGACGGCUGCGGCUGCCCAAGAUGCUGUGCAGGUGGCGCUGCUGGCCCUGCGGGGUGCGCUAGGUGUGGAAAGUCCACCCUCCGCUGUGGUGGCGCUCACGUCGCUGCGGCUGCCCAGGCCUGCGGCGGCGGCGGCGCUGACGGCGCUGCGGCAGCAGCUGGGGCCUGAGACUGCGCUGCUUGGCUGCAGUUCGCGCCUGCGGCUGCCUGACGAGCGGCGCAGCUUGGGUCUCACCACGCCGCCCGGCCGCACCAGCACCAAUGCAACCUCCACAUCCGGUAGCAGCAGCGGUGGCGACAGUGCUGAAACGCCGCCUUCGGCUGCUUCGUCGUCGCCGGUUUCGUGGCCCGACGCCGCGUCUGCCGUGACGGCGGCGGCUAACGCGGUGGAGCCGUUUCAUCUUACCCUUGCUGCGGCGCACACGCCCCACCACGAGGCGCACGUGCUGCACUGCGAGACGUCCUCGCUGCCGCGGCUGCCACACUUGGCCGAGGCGCUACGCGGUACCCGGCCGCCGGCCUUCCUGAUGCUCACCGCGGCGGACGGGUUGGGCUCGGAACUGCUGGCGAGGCUGGAGAAUUUGUUCCCCGGCUCUUGCGUGGGCGCGGGCGUGGCGGCACAACAGUCUGCGCGUGAUCGCCGCCUUUUGCUGGUGGGCGGUCCAGGGAGAGGCGGUGGCAGCAGCAGCACUACUGGAGCUGGCAGCGGUGGUGGCUCUGGUCCGAGAGAUAUGGCAUCUGCGGCAGGCGGAGGCAGCGAUAGUGCAAGUGGGCUCGGCCGCACCAUGAAGGGCGCAGGAUCAGCGGCGGCGGAGACUAGCAGCGGUCUGUGGGCGGCGGAGGCGGCGGAGGCGGCGACUCGCGGGAUCUCGACUGCCGGUGGCGCGCCCAGCGGCGGCGGGCGGCGGAGCGGGCGGGGCAUACCAGCGGCGGAGUUUGAGGGGCCGUUCCAGCGCAUGCUGCUCAACCGGGACGAAUCCGGCGGCGGCUUGGGCGCGGCAGGUAGCGAGGAAGGCGGAAGCCCCAGCACCAGCGGGCGGAGUGAUCACAGCAGCAGCGGUGGUGCUGGCAGGCGGAGAAAGGCGCCCGCCACUGCGGCAGCCCAAGCCGAGGCUAAGGCCGCAUCACAGAAGCGGGAUGCUGACGCCGCCGCUGCUGCGGCGGCCGAGAGUGACCUGGAUAGUGACGACGAUGAUGAGGCGGGCGAUGCGGAAGACGGCGAGGAGGCGGCUGCGGCGGAGGUAGCAGCACGCCUGCAGGCACUAGUGCCACCGUAUGUCGCGAUCGGCGACGACCUGCACAACAACGGCGCUGCACUGCUGGCGUUCUUCCCCCGGUCUCAGACCGCAGCAACCGUCGCGGGUGCUUCUGACAAUGCUACUGCUGCAGCCGCUGCAGCUGCUUCUGCUGCUACUGCUGCCUCGGGGCGGCUCGCGGCGGCGGUGUGCGACAGCCUGGCGCGGGUGGUGCUGGGCACAGACCACUUGCAACAUGUGGCGCUGCGGGGUGCAGCGCUGGGCGCCGUGUCGCCGCCUGCCACGGGUCUGGAGCCCUACAGCCCGCUGCCCGCCGCCCCCGACAACCCCUACUACUGGUGGCCCGCGGACCCCGCGCCGCCGCACCACGAGGUGGACCCCCACCUGGCGCCGCCCGCGGCCGCUGGGGCUGCUGGGACCCCUGGGGCGUCUGGGGAUCGCACAGCAGCCGCAAAGGGUGCGGCCACCAAGCCAGACGUCGCCGGUGCCAGCGAGCCCAUGCCGCAGGACGCGGCGGUGGAGGAGGGGGAGCAGGAGGAGGUGCCGUCGGCCAAGGCUCUGUCGGCUCUGAGCGAGGGCCUGGUGGGGCUGCCACUGUUCCCGCUGGAGGGAGUCAUCCUUUUCCCGGGGCAAACCAUCCAGCUGCGUGUGUUUGAGAAGCGCUACCGGCUGCUGGUGCGGGCGGCCAUGGAGCAGGGCGCCGCCUUCGGGCUGUGCUGGCGGGGCACGGGUACCACCGCCGUGGUGCGCAGUUACCAGUGCCCCGAGGGCGGCACGGGCGACGUGCUGGUGAUGCUGGAGGGCGGCGUGCGCUUUAGCUACGGCCCAGACGACCUGGCCGUGCUGCCCGCCUCCUUCGGCCUCAACGUGGCCAAGCGGGCCGAGUACCUAGUGGACGAGCCGCCACCCGCACCCGAGGACGCCGCGGCCAUGGUGUCAGCGGCCCGGCAGAUCCUGGACGGCGUGGCGGGGGCGCUCGAGGCAGCCACGUCACCGUCUGCGCAAAAGAGCGCUCGCACUUUCGCCAACGCCCUUCACUUCGCCAGCAGCAGUAGCAGCUCCGACUUAGCAGCCUCCACGGCACCUCACACAAAGCAGGCAGCAUUGCCACCGUCACCCCCGCAUCAGCCCGGGGCGGCAAAGCAGCUACAGCCGGGGCAGCAGCUACAGCCGGGCUCGGGUGGUGUGGAUGAGGACGAGGACGCGGCAUUGCUGGCGGCUGACGUGGCGGAGGCCAAGGCGGCUCUGGACGUGGAGACGGCGUCGCUGCUGUCGCUGUACCUGGCGCCUCACAUACCCGUGCACCUGGAGGGGCUGCGCCGAGAGUGGUUCACAACCCGCUCCGCGCUGUGGCGGUUGCAGCAGGAGGCUUCCUGGCUGCGCGGCAACAGCCGCGUGUGCAUGGCGGUGGCGAGCAGUGUGCUGCGCCUGCCCCGCGACCACCCGCUUCGCCUCAUGCUCGGGCUGGGCCGCGUGUCACCCGUGCCGUGAACUCACAGACCGCAGUGGUGGGGAAGCCCCAGGCUGCAGCGGAUGCGCGUAGUGGUGUUGGAAGUCUGAGAGUCGAGCUGGCUUGCUGUUUGCGCUGAGCGCCUGAGCGCAGUUCAAGAAUGACCUGGUAGCGGCAUCCUGGAUACCCGGUUGUCGCCUCGUCGGUGACCUUGAAGGUGCCGGUAGGUCACUGGGCACAGGUGGCCAGACCUGGGCCUCUGGGCUAUGGCCCAUUGCCCAUUGCUCGUGACCAUACUCGGGUCAAAGCAUGGGCAAGCUGGAGGCGGUGGCAGGCUUGAGUACGGAAUAUGUGGUUACCGUCCUUCUGUCGAAGCCAUGCUGCAGUAAAUGGCAAGUUGCGCUCAGCGGCUGAAACAUGCCUUGUUGCGCACAUUGACGCAUGGUGUCAGAGCCGCAGCUGGGUCCGAGUGUCCGAGUCAUUGGUAGGGACGUAGGGUGCGAGUCAUUGGAGGGCUACGGUGGUGCAACAGCCUGAACUCUUGGUAACCCAGUGGCGCACUGUAUAUGCAGAACCUAUUA